AUGUCGAGAAUAAUCAGGACGAGGCCAGGAAUAAGGUCGAAUUAUCGUGGAGGAGAACAAUUUAUCCAUCAAAUGUCGAAAUAUCUUGUGCGCUUGCGAGUGAUGCGAAGAGGCUCGAGAAGUAGUGUCGACCAUAUGGGCGCGUCACCUCUGGGACUGGUCUACGCUCUCCAGUACGUCGGCAAAAGAUAUGGUUAUCAGGACAUCGUGUGGAUG